UGUGGAAAGUUCGCCGGUCCGGGUGCAAAGUUUCAGCCGUCUGCAGACGGGAGACGGAACACGAGCACAAUAACCAGAUAAAAGAGUCGCUUACCGGCUGCCGGCGUGAACGGGUUCAGUUAUGGGAUAUUAGCCCGAAGCGGUGUCGUGUUCGUUUACAGCUUUGUUCGUCUCGCGGCGGAAUCAUGGCCUGCGCGCCGAACCGGGUCCGCUUGCUCUGCAUGCUGUCGCUCACCUUCGGCUUUUUCAUCGUGGAGGUGGUGGUGAGCCGGAUCACGUCUUCCCUAGCGAUGCUGUCGGACUCCUUUCACAUGCUCUCGGACGUGAUCGCGCUGGUCGUGGCUCUGGUGGCGGUGCGUUUCGCGGAGCAGACCCAGUCCACCAACAAAAACACGUUCGGCUGGAUCCGGGCCGAGGUGAUGGGCGCGCUGGUCAACGCCGUGUUCCUCACCGCGCUCUGCUUCACCAUCAUCCUGGAGGCCAUCGAGCGCUUCACCGAGCCCCACGAGAUCGAGAAGCCCGAGGUGGUGAUCGGGGUGGGGGCUGCGGGGCUGCUGGUCAACCUGUUCGGGCUCUGUCUCUUUCACGGGCACGCCGGAGGCGGCGGACACGGCCAUUCCCACGGAGGACACGGCCACAGCCACGGGGGGCACAAGAAGCACAAGAACGGGAAGGUUCGCCGUUGUGAGACGCUGGAGGAUAGCCGGUCCGCGGGCGAGGAGACCAAUAACCUGGUCGGGAAUCAGAACAACAGCCCUAAUGGCGUUAAUCCGGACAGGCGCAGAGCCAGUAUAUCGGAGAUGUGUCACAGCGAAAGCCUGGACUUGCAGAUUAACGGCAGUGCUCCCUACGAAGAGCUCGAGAACGGACAGGACACGGCGUCUCAGCUCAACAUGCGGGGCGUUUUUCUGCACGUGCUGGGCGACGCUCUCGGCUCCGUUAUCGUGGUAAUCAACGCCAUCAUCUUCAUAUUGGUAUGGAAACCGUGCGAGCCGGGCAACGUCUGUGAAAAUCCUUGCGUGAGCCAACACUGCGCAGACCAUUCGCUCAACAUCAGCAGCGCGGCGGCUAACAGCACCAGCGUAAAAGGGCCGUGUUGGGUGCUUUAUCUUGACCCCACGCUCUGCAUCAUCAUGGUCUGCAUCCUCCUCUACACCACGUACCCGCUGUUGAAGGAGUCCGCGCUUAUCCUCCUGCAGACCGUUCCCAAGCAGAUCGACAUGCAUCAGCUCAACUCUCGCCUGCGGGAGCUGGAGGGCGUGCUGGCGGUUCACGAGCUGCACAUCUGGCAGCUGGCGGGCAGUCGCAUAAUUGCCACGGCGCACAUCAAAUGCCACGACCCCGCGUCCUACAUGGACGUGGCCAAGCGCAUCAAGGACUUUUUCCACGACGAGGGCAUCCACGCUACGACCAUUCAACCGGAAUUCGUCACGGUGAACUCCGAGUCGCGCGCUUCGCUCUGCGAGCUCUCCUGUAGAACGCAGUGCGCCCGGAAGCUCUGCUGCGGCGCCGUCGAUUCGGCAAAGCCUCCCGAUGGAGCCGCAGAUGCGAAGAAGUCGUGCGAAGCCAAAACCCCAACGGUAACCAGUACUUCUGCUACGUCUCUGGAGAUCAUCAGCGAGUCUGUGGAGGAAACGAGCAGGCCGGAAUCCAUCGUGAUUAUGACUAGGGAGGUGGAAUCGUCAUUGUGAGCGACAAGCGGGUUAGACGUCUCUUCUGUUAAGGGUGUCGACGUGUAUUUGAUCAGCGGACCGAUUUCUGCCAUGCUGUGAGGAAAAACUGAGCCCAAAUACACUCAUGAUAACACACACACACACAAACACCACACAACUCCACGUCUCAGACACCACACCGACAUACAGACAAUAUAAAUAGGCCGGAGAGCAAGGCUGACCUCCUCUGCAUGUGUGUUUACUGCAUCGUGGUGUGUCCGUGCCAAAGCUUAUCUUCAUAAAGGACAUCAGAUACUCGUGUACUUCCUGUGGAUGUAAUGCAACGACAAGCAAUUUUAACGUUCAGCUGCUGGACGAAGUAGAAAUGUCUGGACCAGUUUUUUGUUUUUCUACCCAUGUGUUUUAUUCUUUCCUAGUCAUUUAAACAUUCAAUUUUGUGAGAUGUAAUUUAUGUAUUUAAGUUAUUAGUAAUCGAGACUAUUGUAAGCCUAUUGUAAGAUUAGGCGAUUAUGAUAUUAGAGGUUUAAAAAAAAAAAAAUUGUUUCUCUCAUAGCAAAUGAUCUAUGCUUUAACAGAGAGUAUUUUUAGACGAUGCUUUCAAAGACUGCUGUUCAAUUUUUUCUACUUUUUUUUUUUUUUAGAUGAUCUCUUUUAUUAGACAACAGAAGAUGCGUUGACGGUACUUCACCACGCCUAUAAUUCAGACUGCUGUGUUCUAGACAGGAACUAGACAGACCUUCUUACUGGUUUUUAUAAAAGCUGAUGCCUUGUUUGUUCUGUUGUUGUCAAUCAAAAAAAAAAAAAUAGUAGAUAUGCUGUAAAAAAAAAAAAAAUCUUUUUUUUUUGUUUUUGUUUCUUUGGGUGACAGCGUGACACGUUUUAUCCAUGCUGUCGUUAAAGCGAAGGGACCUACUCGGACUUGUGGAAAACAUCAAUUUGUGCAUGACCAAAUAAAGCUUUUGCAGACCAAGCAAAAUUUGUAAACCAAAAGACGAGGGAUUUGCUUUCUGAAAUAUACAGAAGUAGGUUUGAGCUGAACACGUUUGGGGUGUUGCACAAUCUACUCAGUGGCCUUCAUUGGGGGAAAAAUAUGUAUCAGCUCUUCAUGACAUUAUUUAUGUCGGCAAACUUUAGCGUUUGAUCAAAAUAUGCAAUAAAAACACACACUACUAGUCUUUAUUAUUAGUUCUUUAGUGAAUUACUUUACUUAGAAAUCUGUAGAGGAAGUCCGUAAAACACUACACAGUAAAGCUUACUGUAAAACGUGCUGAAAGUGUUUGUAUCACUGAGGAUUUUAAAAGUAUCAUGCCAGCGGCGAUGUUUUUGAUAUAUUACUGUCAAAUGUGUCAUUGUGAAUUAAACAUGCUUGUUUGGUACUGUUCAAA